GGCGGGGGUGGGCGGGCGAGCCGGGCGGCAGGUGUCGGCGGCGUCGGCAUUCAGCGGCGAUGGAGCGGCGCCGGGGAGCUGCGGACGGCCUCUCGCGCUGGCCCCACGGCCUCGACUUCCUCCUCCUCUUGCAGCUGCUGUUGCCGACGACCCUCGGCCAGGACCGGCUAGACGCGCCGCCGCCGCCCGCUGCGCCGCUGUCGCGCUGGGCCGGCCCCGUCGGAGUGAGCUGGGGACUGCGCGCGGCCGCGGCCGGGGGCCUGUACCCCCGCGGCGGCCGUUGGCGCCGCAGCACUCUCAGCGAGGACGAGGACUGCGGCGGGGUCCGUGACUUCGUCGCCAAGCUGACCAACAACACGUACCAGCAUGUCUUUGAUGAUCUCAGUGGCUCAGUGUCCUUGUCCUGGGUUGGAGAUAGCACUGGGGUCAUUCUAGUCUUAACUACCUUCCAUGUACCGCUGGUAAUUAUGAGUUUUGGACAGUCCAAGCUAUAUCGAAGUGAGGAUUAUGGAAAGAACUUUAAGGAUAUUACAAAUCUCAUCAAUAACACCUUCAUUCGGACUGAAUUUGGCAUGGCUAUUGGUCCUGAGAACUCUGGAAAGGUGAUAUUAACAGCAGAGGUGUCUGGAGGAAGUCGUGGAGGAAGAAUCUUCAGAUCAUCAGAUUUUGCAAAGAACUUUGUUCAGACAGAUCUUCCUUUUCAUCCUCUGACUCAGAUGAUGUAUAGCCCUCAGAAUUCUGAUUAUCUUUUAUCCCUCAGCACUGAAAAUGGCCUGUGGGUGUCCAAGAAUUUUGGGGGAAAAUGGGAAGAAAUCCACAAAGCAGUGUGUUUGGCCAAAUGGGGAUCAGAAAACAUCAUCUUCUUCACCACCUAUGUGAAUGGAUCCUGCAAAGCUGACCUUGGGGCACUGGAAUUAUGGAGAACUUCAGACUUGGGUAAAAGCUUCAAAACCAUUGGCAUGAAAAUCUAUUCAUUUGGUCUUGGGGGACGUUUCCUUUUUGCCUCUGUGAUGGCUGAUAAGGAUACCUCAAGAAGGAUCCAUGUGUCAACGGAUCAAGGGGACACAUGGAGCAUGGCCCAGCUCCCCUCUGUGGGGCAGGAACAGUUCUAUUCUAUUCUGGCAGCUAAUGAUGACAUGGUGUUCAUGCAUGUAGAUGAACCUGGAGAUACCGGAUUUGGCACAAUCUUUACCUCAGAUGACCGAGGCAUUAUUUAUUCCAAGUCUUUGGACCGGCAUCUCUACACUACCACAGGCGGAGAAACAGACUUUACCAAUGUGACUUCUCUCCGUGGGGUCUACAUAACAAGUGUACUCUCUGAAGAUAAUUCUAUCCAGACUAUGAUCACUUUUGACCAAGGAGGAAGGUGGAAGCAUCUUAGAAAGCCUGAAAACAGUGAAUGUGAUGCUACAGCAAAAAACAAGAAUGAGUGCAGCCUUCAUAUUCACGCAUCCUACAGCAUCUCCCAGAAACUGAACGUUCCAAUGGCCCCACUUUCAGAGCCUAAUGCCGUGGGAAUAGUCAUCGCACAUGGUAGCGUGGGGGAUGCCAUCUCAGUGAUGGUCCCAGAUGUGUACAUCUCAGAUGAUGGGGGCUAUUCCUGGAUGAAGAUGCUGGAAGGACCCCACUAUUACACCAUCCUGGAUUCCGGAGGCAUCAUUGUGGCCGUUGAGCACAGCAGCCAUCCUAUCAAUGUGAUUAAGUUCUCCACAGAUGAAGGUCAAUGCUGGCAAACCUAUAUGUUCACCAGGGAGCCCAUCUAUUUCACUGGCCUAGCUUCAGAACCUGGAGCUAGAUCCAUGAAUAUCAGCAUUUGGGGUUUCACAGAAUCUUUCCUGACCCGCCAAUGGGUAUCCUAUACCAUUGAUUUUAAAGAUAUCCUUGAAAGGAACUGUGAAGAAAAGGACUAUACUGUAUGGUUGGCGCACUCCACAGACCCUGGAGGUUAUGAAGAUGGUUGCACUCUGGGCUAUAAAGAACAGUACCUACGAUUACGCAAGUCGUCCGUCUGUCAGAAUGGUCGAGACUAUGUUGUGACCAAGCAGCCAUCCAUCUGUCUCUGUUCCCUGGAGGACUUCCUCUGUGAUUUUGGCUACUUCCGUCCAGAAAAUGACUCAGAGUGUGUGGAACAGCCAGAACUGAAGGGUCACGACCUAGAGUUUUGUCUGUAUGGAAGAGAAGAGCACCUAACAACAAAUGGGUAUCGGAAAAUUCCAGGAGAUAGAUGCCAAGAUGGGGUGAAUCCAGUUCGAGAAGUAAAAGAUUUGAAAAAGAAAUGCACAAGCAACUUUUUGAGUCCAGAAAAGCAAGACUCCCGCCCACAGGGACACAGCUUGUCCCAGAAUCCAGCUCCGCCUCCUCUUGGAUACAUUGAAAACACACACUCCCUAUCUCCCACCCAGAAGCAGAAUUCCAAGACUAAUUCUGUUCCAAUUAUCCUGGCCAUCGUGGGAUUGAUGCUGGUCACCGUCAUAGCAGGAGUGCUCAUUGUGAAGAAAUAUGUUUGUGGGGGAAGGUUCCUGGUGCAUCGAUACUCUGUGCUACAGCAGCACGCAGAGGCCAAUGGUGUGGAUGGUGUGGAUGCUUUGGACACAGCCUCCCACACUAAUAAAAGUGGUUAUCAUGAUGAUUCAGAUGAGGACCUCCUGGAAUAGCUGUUUACAGGAGCUGGGCUGAGCGUGGAUGGCAGAACCACAGUACCUCUUAUACUCCCUGUGGCUCCAACUUGGGGAAAUAAAUUUCCCAUUGCAAGGGUCCAGCUCUGUUUCUGCUGCUUCCAUCAAAGCUGAAAGGACCUACAGUAAAGAAAUGCAGGGGAGAGGUGGGGAGACCUGAACACUUUUACAACUGGCUCUGAGAAGAGGGGAAAAAAUUCUAAUCCUUCAACUUUUUAUUUCAAGUUCUGUCUUUUUGCAAAGUGUGGGCUAUUUGGGUUUUGUUUUUGUUUCUUAAGGGAAAUGAAAUGGAAUUCAAAGGGACCGUUUCCCUAACCCCACUUGUGCGUUUUCUGCAUGGCGCCUAACCCAGGGCAUCUGCCAACUCCAGCAUCAACUCUCACAAUGUAGUUGGUGCUGUCCCUGGGCUCUGCUGGUGACAUGAAGCAGCUGCAGAGAUGAAAACAGAGGCUUCAGUCACACAUCUUGGCCAGGUUUUCUCCAUCUGGGGACAGCCCUGCUCCAAGAAAAUUGCACACCAGCUCCUCAUACAGACCCUCGUGUCUUUUUUUUUUUACCCCCCCGUUAGGGACUGUAGACCACAGUGAUUUUUCUUUUCCCCUGUUUAAGUAGGCAAUACUCUUGUUAAUUGCCCUUUGGCAACUAAUUUUAACCAUGUGCUUCCAAGACACUAAAUCAGGAAAACUUACAGGGCAAUAUUUUUAACUUGGGGCAGGAAGAAAGGAGCAGCAGAGAAUUUACUAGAUUUAGCACCUAUUAAAGAAGAAAUUCUUGCUUCUGAGCUCUUUCAAGCCCUGCUUUGUGUGUGUGCCAGUGGACUUGCUCAAGAACAGGGUACAGGCUUGGCCUGGAAGUCAGCCCAGGCUGAGUGAUCUCUUCACCAGAGCUGAUUGUUGCAUGCACAGUGCAGCCCCUGAGGACUGAACAUCACAGUCUUCCAUUUUCCCUUUUUACUGGCUGUAUUGGCUCGUUGUUGAAUCAUUACCAUGGCUGCUUAUUUGCUUCCUCUUAGGUUGCUGUUGUACAUGGAGCCAGGACUAGAGAUGUUUUCAGAUGUAUAGACCUUUUUUUAAAAAUCAGAAUUUUAUUACUAGGCUCUCCUUCUCACCCCCUUUUCCCAGCUUUACCAAGUAAUUUGUGGGCACGAAAUUUUUGGCUGAACCAAUUGAUAACACACUUCCAGUUUAAGAUGAUGCUUUGUGUGACACAUUUUAAAUUUAAGGAAGUUUCUCAUUUGACAUUUUUCCAAAUUAAAUAAAUUAUAGAAUGUAGUUGGAUGAUUUUGGGGGUGGCCAUAUAGUAACAGAAAGCUGCAAUAAUUAGUUUUAAUACAGCUUGAAUAUUUGCUAUACAGGAAUAUAGUGUGGUAAGUUUUUGGUCUUAAUGUACCUUCUGUGCUGGUCACAGUUUCUCCCAAUAAUUAUAAUUGAGAUAUUCUUUGGUAAAUGCCAUUUUGCUACUAGUUUAUUUUGUGGCUGUAAAGUCAGUAAAAAGUAAAUGUGCCAAAUUAACUUUUGUCAGAAUGCAUGAGCAGAUGGUAAGUUCUCUCCUCCCCAGAAUGGAUUAACACCAGCAGGGAAAGGGGGGGAGGGAGUAGAUGAAGAAUUUGAGAGACUUUGAAACUGCAGUAAAAUUAAAUGAGUAAAGGAGCUUCAGUUACAAAAUAAAAUUGGACAGUUUUUGUGAAGAGAAUAUUUGUUAGGGCUAGAGUGCACUAGUAUUUUAGCUCAUUCAUUUUACAUGUUUUUAAAAGUAAAAAUAAUUCCAAAGAUAUACCAGCUCACAAGUGAUAAAAGCAUCAGCCUUUGCCCCACCUUCACCUCCUGCCCAAAGUGAAUUUGGUGCCCAGAAAAGACCUAUUUACACCAUAUACCUUUUCUACUACAUAUACCUACUGUGGUUAGAUGUGCCAAUACAUGGUAAUCCUCUUAAAAGUUUUAAGAUUGUUACGUUAAUACUCUUCUAUAACUAUAUAAGAUUAAGGCUCUUAUAAUGGUAUCUGGGAUUUCUGUAGAACUUGGGAAUUUUCAGAGCACUUUUGCUUGCAUUAUGUCAUUCAAACCACACAAAACAUUCUUGAGAUGGAGCUGAGGAACCAAUAUUGAGUAAAUCGUCCAGGGUCCCUGUGUGUGUUACAAGCAAUACUGAUUGGUUGUCUUCAGAACUCUUGCAAAUCUUUAUGCAUGCAAGUGCUGAAUACUUGUAGCAGGGCUUCUUCCUUAUAGAUGAUUUGCUGUUCUUUAGGACUGGGAUCAGUGGCAUUUCUUUCAGAGCAAUAUUUAGCACAGUUUUUUUUUUUUUUUUUUGGCAGCUGGCAUAUUUAGCACUUUUUUGCCACCUUGGUAAACAGAAAAUUUUAUUCUCCUGUUUUUCAUGUCUGAAAACAAAAGUAAUAGUAAUUUUGAAUAUGUUUUUAGAGACUGCCCCUCAUUGAGGGUCACUGUUGAAGAGUGUGGGAAUGGAAUCUCCACUGACGGCCACCCUCUGCAUCUCCUGCUUCCACCCCUGCUUGCUAGCUUCUCAGUUGGUUUGAGGACUGCCAGCAAGCCUGGAUCUUUCCCUUUAUUGGCUUGUUAGCUUUCUGUAGCAGCCUGCUCACUCACAAAUAUAUGACCUCAGCCAGAAAGCAAAACAGCCUAAGUCCAUGACAGCUUCUAAAAAAAUAGAUUUCUAAUUUGUCCUACUCAGGUUAGAAACAUUAUCUUUGAAGGUAAAAUAUCAAUGCCCAGGCUUGAUGGUUGCAGAAGAAGUUAUUUUUAGAGGUUUCAGUAACGGAAUUUAGCAUUAUGGGAUAGGCUGGACAUAUCAGACAGUCCAAAGUGGUCUGAGCUCUCAAAUCCAGGUGGAGAACUCAUUCUUCCUUCCUGCUCUGGACCUAAGGGGACUUUUGCUUUUUAGUGAGACCAGAGAACAGGGAUGGAUACACCCAGGAUACACCUAGGUUGUUAAUUGAAUGGAAACACUAUUUAGAAGAAUAAAAAGCUUUGGAGCAUUGUGGCGGUUGUGGGGUGGGAUCAGGAGAUUCAAUAGGUUAACUAUGACAGGAAUGUAGAAUUUACCAUCUGCCUCUGAGUAGGCUUUCCAGUGUGUGUCUCUCUUACUCUUAGGGUUGCCUCUGGGCCUCAACAUGCCCAAGUUGGCCUUUCAUCCUUGACACAUUCUAGUAAUGUGCUCCCCCCUCCAGCUCCUACAGUGGGCCUAUAAACCAUAUCUGGUUCUCCCAUAGCCUUUGUCACGAUACCAAGAUACAGAGAGUGUGGGCCUUCCACACUUACCCCAACAUAACAGGGCUGGCCUGGAUCCAGUCAUUUAUUUACUGUCCAGGCAAGCCAUCUGGGUAGAGAGGUUCUCCCUUUUAGGAGAGCUCUGAAGAGUCCUGCCCCUGUAUGCAGUGGCCUAGAACUCAUCCUGCUCAUUGUCAGCAUAGUCCGCUGACCCCCAUGUUGAGCCAGGAUAUUUGGUACAGUUAAAUAGGGAGGGUUCUGCUUUUCAACUUUGCUGCCAUCUUCCCUCAAUCAGGAAAAUGAACAUGGACUUAAGCGUCCUUUGAACAAAACCAAAGUUUAAGAUUUGCCAUAUAAUGGAGUGACAGGGAGGGCCAGAGUCAGCAGGUGCCAGACUUUGUGUUCCAUCUGCCACCCAUUUGCCCAGCUCAGGCAGCAAUGAGAGCACCAUCCUGCCCAAGCCUUGUCCUCAUGAAGGAUAAUUUAAAUAGCAGGAGCAUGUUCAUUUCUUAGUUAUGUCACAUUAUAACAGUAAGAAUCAGAACAGUAAUUUGAAAUUGUCUUCAACAACUGUAUGCUGUAUGCAUUUUUUCACAGCAGUGCAUUCUUAAGCGUCCUUGUUUAUAUAAAAUAACAAACUAAUCUGUACCUUUAUAUAUAUGUGUGUACAUAUAUACAUGUAUAAACUGUAUAGUGUACAUGUUAAUGACUUAUUGACAUGCCCCAAAUCUUUAAUGCAGUUCUCAUCCUCCGCAUGCCCUCAGUUGUGGUCUGGUAAUUUAACGUUUUCUGAUGAUUCUGCCCACCUCCUGUUUGGAACCUCCAGGGAGGAGGGUUUUGGUUGUGCUCUUCUUAUUAUCGUGCAUAGAAAUGCUCAGGGUCCCCAUGAGCCUGUAAGUCAACUUUCUCUUGUCUCUUGUUCCCUUCCUGAGCAUGUGUUUCCCUCCCCAAGCUGUGGGAUAGCUGCUUUCCUACAAAAGUGUAAAGCAGUAUUAAAAUCAUUACUGCAUGUGCGCUAAAAACCCAAGUUUUCUGAUCUCUUGGGACAGAAAAUUGCAUGUGAGGUGGGAUGAUCAAGUUUCAAUGACCCAUGUCAGUUGCACAACAAAACCAGACUCCAUAAUAAAAUUCCACAAAAUGGAAAUAAAAUUCAAAUUUCUUUAGCAUCAUGUAAAUAAAUCUGGAUGUGUUUAACUUUGUACUGGUAAUUUUCUGUAUAUUUGCAAUAUUUGGAUUAGAAAUAAAACAGACUGGACUUUGUUACCUGA